ACCAACCUACUAGGGAGCACUCAGGAUGGGAUGUAGAAGCUGGAUUUUUCCAUUUAUAUUGGCUGCAACAGGGGAACUUCUUACAGAAGACAAGCUUUGUGACUUGCCCAACAUAGAAAAUGGAAGAAUUGCCCCAUAUUACUAUAGUUUUAGAGACUAUUACUUUCCAAUGAAGAAAGGCAAAAAGCUUUCGUAUUCCUGUUUGGCUGGCUUUACGACCGAAAGUGGGAGUCAAGAUGCAAGGAUAAACUGCACAACGAGAGGCUGGGCGCCUGCCCCGAAAUGUUACAAGAAAUGUGCCAGACCUCCCUUGGAUCAUGGUGGAUUCUCUGAUAAGAAACUGUCCUAUAAAAUACGGGAGAGCCUGCAGUACCGUUGUGAUUCAGGCUAUCAGACUCCUGAAGGCAGCAGGAACGAAACAAUACAGUGUCUCCAGGAUGGAUGGUCCGCUCUGGCACAGUGUACAGACGCAGAUGCAACUAGUAUGGCUUUAGACACAUGUUCAGCACCAGACCUGCUCCAUGGCCACUAUCAUACAGCCCAACGUGUGUUCAAGCUGAAUGAAAAGCUCCAAUACGAAUGUGACGAUGGAUAUCUUACAGCAGGAGGUCACACAAGGGAAGAAGUACAGUGUCGUCGUCCAGACUGGUCCCUUAUCCCAAAGUGCACUAAAUUGGGAUGUUCAUUACGAAGUCCUAUAGAACGUGGAGGUGUCCAUCCCAGGAAGGGAAGCUACGAUGAAGGAGACGUGGUCCAGUUCUUCUGCUUGGAAGGUUAUUCUUUAAAAGGGUCAGAUUUAAUUCAAUGCUAUUACUUUGGCUGGUACCCAGAACCACCAGUAUGUGAAGAAAGAAGAAACAAGUGUCCUCCUCCACCCCAACCUCCUAACUCCAAAGAGCUAAGCAAUGUAAGGACAUACCAUCAUGGAGACAUAUUACAUUUGAUGUGUAAGCCUCCUUUUCAGAUCAGAGGUUCUGAUGUAAUCCGGUGUGAGAAUGGCAAGUGGACUUCGCCUCCCAAAUGCACUGUCCUUUCUCCUGUCUCCGAUGUGGGCAGCGUGGCAAGCACAGAUGUUCGUCACAACCUAGAACCAGAUAGGAACUGCAGUUCCCCACCUGAAGUUAAAAAUGGUUUGAUUACUAGUACAGUUGAUCGAUUCUUGACAAGCUACAAAACUGAUUCUUCAGUGCGAUACAGAUGUAAUUCCUUUCAUCUGAUGAAAGGACCUAAUGCAGUUCACUGUGUCCAGGGACACUGGACAGAGCCACCGAUUUGUUUAGAACCAUGUUUGAUUGAUGAAGAAAAUGCUGGCAACCACAACAUAGAAAUGAAAUGGCGCCUGGAAGAAGAAUUAUUACAUUUUUUACAUGGUGACGUUAUUGAAUUUGUGUGCAAACCAGGCUAUGCUUUGCCACCAUCUAUCAGAGAAUCUCAGCUCCUGGUUCAGUGCACCAAUGGAGAACUGAGAUAUCCAAGGUGUAUUUCAAAAGACCCAAAUGACAAUUGCGGCUCUCCACCUUCCAUAGAAAAUGGAGUUCUUGUGGGAUUGUUGACAACAGACUAUGCCCAUGGGUCAUCAGUAGAGUACAGUUGCCAUGAAUAUCAUUUUUUGCAAGGGUCUAGAACAGUGUCCUGCUCAAAGGGGCAAUGGACUACCCCGCCAAUUUGCAUAGAGCCUUGCACCUUAUCACAAGAAGAGAUGAUAAAGAAUAAUUUGGAUCUGAGGUGGAGUUUUGACCAACGACCUUAUUUUGUACAUGGAGAAUUUGUUGAGUUUAUGUGCAAACCAUACUAUUUUAAACCACGUUCAAGUUCACCGUCUGAUUUUAGAAUACAGUGUCAGAAUGGGCAACUGUUGUAUCCGCACUGUAAUGAGAUACCAGGGUAAAAGGGAAUUGGGGAAAUGAUGUUUGGAUGGUUCGUCAGCCUCUCCCCAUGUUGCAAGCUGGUUACCAAUAUGAAUGUUGGCUCAGAUGUUUACUGUCACAAGGCUCCUUAGGCACUCAAGUCUACUGAAAUUGGUACUGACCUCAACUUAGAACACCGUUUGGAGACGCUUUUGAAGUGCAUAUCCCCACAAUCUGUUUGCUGUAAU